CAUACAUUCCUUUUUUUUCUUCUUCUCACAAUUGUUGUCGAAGCUUCAUCAGGCCCACCGUCCAGAGCAAGAAGAAAGAGAGAAAGAAAGGAAACAAUGAGUAGCAGUAGUAAUUUGGAGACGCGAUCAAUCAUUGAUGAGCUGCGCAACUUCGAUAAGAGUGGUCUAUUUGAUUUGGGCCACCCUCUUCUCAAUCGUAUUGCUGAAAGCUUCGUAAAAGCUGCUGGGAUUGGUGCAGUUCAAGCAGUAGCACGCGAGGCUUAUUUAACAGCUGUUGAAGGUGCAGGUGCGGAUACUAGUGGUAUACCGCCAGAAAUUUCUGCUGCUAAAAGGCAUCGAUUUCCCGACCUCAGAGGAGAAACUAAUGCAAAGACUGUGGAAGCUUUGGUUAAGGGCACUGGAAAAGAAUCUCUACAAUGGGGAUUGGCUGCUGGAAUGUAUUCUGGUCUUACAUAUGGAUUAAAGGAGGCUCGUGGAGUUCAUGAUUGGAAAAACAGCGCAUUAGCUGGAGCUGUUACUGGGGCUGCAUUGGCACUAACGUCAGAUGGUCAUUCGCACGAGCAGAUCGUGCAGUGUGCCAUAACUGGUGCAGCCAUAUCAACUGCAGCGAAUCUCCUUACGGGAAUAUUCUAAGUUCAACGCUUGCUUGCUGAGUUAUUGGACUGGGUAGUAGUGAUCGUAUAUUAAACGAGUAGCCAUUUGGGUAGAUGCGUCCUCUCUGCUGCUUGAAUCAAGGAUGACUUUUGAUAUUGUAUGAUGAAGUUGUUUUGUAGUAGUACUUGUUUUCCAUUGGACAACAGUCAUAAUUAGAGCACAUCUUUUGCGUGUU